AUGGGCCCUGUCUGUUGUUACUGCUGGUCCUGUCAUCCACGGGGGUCUGCUCAGCACCUGUGUGUCUCUCACCUGGUAGAUGCCCUCUACCUGGUCUGUGGCGAACAAGGGAUCCCCUAUCAGAAGGUGAAGAGAGGCAUUGUGUAACAGUGCUGUCAUAAGCCAAGUAGCUUCAGCCACCUGCAGAGCUACUGCGACUGA